AUCGCUUAGUCAGAGGAUGGUGGAUUUUGACUAAGCCCUCCAGCUGUGUCUGGUCUACUGAUCUCCCGCCUGGUCAGGUGUUCCUUUGUUUUGCCUACUCACUCUUCAUGGAAAUGUUGCAGGGCUUUGUAUCACCCCGAGUGGCUGCCUCUUAUCCUGGCAGCCAGCUGAAGUGAGUCUGCAAAGAAACAGGCCUUCCCCUUGUGCUGGUAUGAUCUCCCCAGCCCAAUGUGUCGAUCUCUCCUGCAUGGUUAAAUUCUGGGACAACCGCUAUUAAUCAUGCUUGUACAAUAGACCAGCAAUCCUUCUUUUCACAAAACUUGUUUCAUCGUGAAUGCCCUAGCUUAGGUAAUUUCUCAUUAUUUCCAGAGUUGAUUAGUUACAUUUGAUUACUCUCUUUAAUCCAGCCAGAUCUUCUUUCAGUCCUAGUUAUAUUUACAAAUUAUUUGGCAAAUCUAUUCUCUCCAUUCCCUGUGACUAACAAGUCCUUAUUCCAGUUUGUAAGUGGCAUUGCUGCUAUGGUUGUCUUGAACAUCUGCUGAUUGUUUCUGGACAGGGAAUUAUGGGGAGAGUGGAAUGGACGCUUUCAAAGAGUUGGCUGCCCAGGAAGGCCUCUGCAUUGCCCAUUCUGACAAAAUCUACAGCAACGCUGGGGAGAAGAGCUUUGACCGACUCCUGCGCAAGCUCCGAGAGCGGCUUCCCAAGGCCAGAGUGGUGGUCUGCUUCUGCGAAGGCAUGACUGUCCGAGGACUCCUGAGUGCCAUGCGGCGCCUUGGUGUUGUGGGCGAGUUCUCCCUUAUUGGAAGUGAUGGAUGGGCAGACAGAGACGAAGUCAUCGAAGGUUAUGAGGUGGAAGCCAACGGGGGAAUCACGAUAAAGCUGCAGUCUCCAGAGGUCAGGUCGUUUGAUGAUUAUUUCCUGAAACUGAGGCUGGACACAAAUACGAGGAAUCCGUGGUUCCCUGAAUUCUGGCAACAUCGGUUCCAGUGCCGCCUACCGGGACAUGUUCUGGAAAACCCCAACUUUAAAAGAAUCUGCACAGGCAAUGAAAGCUUAGAAGAAAACUAUGUCCAGGACAGCAAAAUGGGGUUCGUCAUCAACGCCAUCUAUGCCAUGGCACAUGGGCUGCAGAACAUGCACCAUGCCCUCUGCCCUGGCCACGUGGGCCUCUGUGAUGCCAUGAAGCCCAUUGAUGGCAGCAAGCUGCUGGACUUCCUCAUCAAGUCCUCGUUCAUUGGCGUAUCUGGAGAGGAGGUGUGGUUUGACGAGAAAGGGGAUGCUCCUGGAAGGUAUGAUAUCAUGAAUCUACAGUACACUGAAGCUAAUCGCUAUGAUUACGUACAAGUUGGCACCUGGCAUGAGGGAGUACUGAACAUUGAUGAUUACAAAAUCCAGAUGAACAAGAGUGGGAUGGUACGAUCUGUGUGCAGUGAGCCUUGCCUAAAGGGUCAGAUUAAGGUCAUAAGGAAAGGAGAAGUGAGCUGCUGCUGGAUUUGCACGGCCUGCAAAGAGAAUGAAUAUGUGCAAGAUGAGUUCACUUGCAAAGCUUGUGACCUGGGGUGGUGGCCCAAUGCAGAUCUAACAGGCUGUGAGCCCAUUCCCGUCCGCUAUCUUGAGUGGAGCAACAUAGAGUCCAUCAUAGCCAUCGCCUUUUCUUGCCUGGGCAUCCUUGUUACCUUGUUUGUCACUCUCAUCUUUGUACUGUACCGGGACACUCCAGUGGUCAAAUCCUCCAGUCGGGAGCUCUGCUACAUCAUCCUAGCUGGCAUCUUCCUUGGUUAUGUGUGCCCUUUCACUCUCAUCGCCAAACCUACUACCACAUCCUGCUACCUCCAGCGCCUCCUGGUUGGUCUCUCCUCUGCCAUGUGCUACUCUGCAUUAGUGACCAAAACGAAUCGCAUCGCACGCAUCCUGGCUGGCAGCAAGAAGAAGAUCUGCACCCGGAAGCCCAGGUUCAUGAGUGCCUGGGCCCAGGUGAUCAUUGCCUCCAUUCUGAUUAGUGUGCAGCUAACCCUGGUGAUAACUCUGAUCAUCAUGGAGCCCCCCAUGCCCAUUCUGUCCUACCCAAGUAUCAAGGAAGUCUACCUUAUCUGCAAUACCAGCAACCUGGGUGUGGUGGCUCCUCUGGGCUACAAUGGACUCCUCAUCAUGAGCUGUACCUACUAUGCCUUCAAGACCCGCAAUGUGCCCGCCAACUUCAAUGAGGCCAAAUAUAUCGCCUUCACCAUGUACACCACCUGCAUCAUCUGGCUAGCUUUUGUGCCCAUUUACUUUGGGAGCAACUACAAGAUCAUCACGACCUGCUUUGCAGUGAGCCUCAGUGUAACGGUGGCCCUGGGGUGCAUGUUCACCCCCAAGAUGUACAUCAUUAUUGCCAAGCCCGAGAGGAAUGUCCGCAGUGCCUUCACCACCUCUGACGUAGUCCGCAUGCAUGUUGGCGAUGGCAAGCUGCCCUGCCGCUCCAACACUUUUCUCAACAUUUUCCGAAGAAAGAAGCCAGGGGCAGGGAAUGCCAAUUCUAAUGGCAAGUCUGUGUCAUGGUCUGAACCAGGUGGAAGACAGGUGCCCAAGGGACAGCACAUGUGGCACCGUCUCUCUGUGCACGUGAAGGCCAAUGAGACGGCCUGCAACCAAACAGCCGUCAUCAAGCCCCUCACUAAAAGUUACCAAGGCUCCGGCAAGAGCCUGACCUUUUCAGAUACCAGCACCAAGACCCUUUACAACGUGGAGGAGGAGGAGGACGCCCAGCCGGUCCGCUUCAGCCCUCCGGGCAGCCCCUCCACGGUGGUGCACCGGCGCGUGCCGUCCGCGGCGGCCACCCCGCCUCUGACCGCAGAGGAGACGCCCCUCUUCCUGGCCGAGCCGGCCGUCCCCAAGGGCUUGCCCCCUCCGCUGCAGCAGCAGCAGCAGCCCCCGCAGAAGUCCCUGAUGGAGCAGCUGCAGGGCGUGGUCAACAACUUCGCCUCGGGGAUCCCCGAUUUCCACGCGGUGCUGGCGGGGCCCGGGGCCCCCGGGAACGGGCUGCGGCCCCUGUACCCGCCGCCGCCGCCGCCCCAGCACCUGCAGAUGCUGCCGCUGCAGCUGAGCACCUUCGCGGAGGAGCCGGUGUCCCCGCCCGCGGAGGACGAGGACGACAGCGAGAGGUUUAAGCUCCUCCAGGAGUACGUGUACGAGCGCGAGCGGGAAGGGAACACGGAGGAAGACGAACUGGAAGACGAAGAGGAGGACGCGCAGGCGGCCAGCAAACUGACCCCGGAGGAUUCGCCCGCCCUGACGCCGCCGUCGCCUUUCCGAGACUCGGUGGCCUCGGGCAGCUCGGUGCCCAGCUCCCCGGUGUCUGAGUCGGUGCUCUGCACCCCUCCCGACGUGUCCUACGCCUCUGUCAUUCUGCGGGACUACAAGCAAAGCUCCUCCACCCUGUAGGGAGGAGGGGCCAGGUGGAAGAGCGAGAGAAGCCGGCGAGCUCCAGCACCUCCAGAGAUGCGGAGAGGCUGGGAGGAGAGGCUGGGAGGGGAGGCUGGGAGGAGAGGCUGGGAGGAGAGGUUGGGAGGGGAGGGCAACCGGGAGAGGAGGACGACGCUGCUGCUGCUGCUGCUGCUGCUGCCUUAAGUAAGGAGAGGGAAAGACACCAAGCGAUGUGAUCCAGGCCAGGAUUCUGAUUCUUGAGUUAUUCAAAAGCCUUCUCUGGGAAGAAAGGGAAUUCUGACAAAGCACAAUUCCAUAUGGUAUGUAACUUCUAUCGCAAAAAAUUAUAAAUAAAUAAAACAUGAAGUCAACAAAAAUAAUCUCCUCUUUUGCACAGUCGUGCAUAGCUAUAUAUGUCCACACACAUUUGGCCACGCUUGGGAAGGGACGGCCCACGUGGAUGUGCCAGCUGAGCCCUGAGUUCGCCUGCUGGCACGCACGGUGAGCCUGGUGGAGCCAGACAGAGCAGGUGCGGGGCAGGGGAGGGCGCAGGGUGUGGAAUCGCCCAGUGAACAGAUGAGGGGACAGCAGCUCGCUUCUCAGAAGCCCUUCUCCCUGCUGGGCGACAGGCUCCUAGUCUUCGGGAGACUCAGGAACUGGCACCCCAUCCAGUGCCAGCCUUGCCAUGGCGCUUGAAGAAAGGUGCAUGAACCCCCUGUUGCUCUGCGAUUUCCCUCUAUUUAGGACAAGAGGAAGAAGGUCAAACUGGUCACCAAAAAGUGCUUCCUCAGGAGUUCUACGGGCGGAAGGAGUGAGAAGCAAAACAGUAUGCAAGCCUGUGACUUUGAACAAAACCAGUCACCACCAUGGGCUUCUCACAUUCCGGACUCCCUUAUUGGUGAUUUUUGGAAAAAGGCCAGAACAAGAGAUUGUUUUGAGAGUGGCGGAAGACCUUUUGUGCAUUAACUCGUGUUUGUGCCAAAUGGGCUCUCUCCAUUGCCCUUCAGUUAAAAGAGAACAAACCAUGUGGCAAAAUUGUUACCUUCCACUAUAUUGUAGCAAAUAAUACUUACCAGUUGAACUUCUAAGAUGCAGUCUAUGUACCAUGUGGUGCCAUUGUUUCUCCUAUGUACUACAGGAACAAAUCCAUCUUUGAAUCUAACGGUGUACUCAUAGCAACUAUUACUGGUUUAAAUGACAAAUAAUUCUUUCCUAUUGUCACUAAAGUCCCUGUAACUAGCAAGUGAAUGUGUUCCUUUGUCCUUGUUAUAUGUGUGAUUAUAAAAUUUGUGCAAUGUAAUGUCAAUCUAAACGCAAGUAGAAGAAUGUCUUUCAGAGAUAGUAUAGCUAUUUUUUAUGUUCCAAUAAUGUUUUAUAGCUCAUUGUCACCAAUAUGUACAGAAACUCUUUGAAGGUUUAAAUACUGUGGUCCAAUAUUUUUCAGAGGCAGCUUAGAUGGUCAUUCCUCUUCUAAGAGGGAACUUAUUUUUCAGAUAUUUUAUGAUGUGGAAAUAUGUUAUUAAUGAAAUGGUUUGAAAAUUUAUUAUAUUAAAAGUUCACAGAGACUGAAGGUGACAGUCAAAGGCACAUUUUAUAAGCUUGCACACAUCAUUAUUAUUACAUAAUAUUGAAAAACCAGUGUUUUGAUUAUUUCAGGUUAUUUUACAUUUUUUUGAAGGUUUUCCACAGCUCUUGAGCAUUAUGUGUUUUUAGCAUACAGUAACAUCUAAGUCUGGUCAUAAUUUCUCAAUUGUUUAUUUAUCACUUACAUUUUGUCUCCUUUUCAUUUUUAUUUUCAUGUACCUUUACUCUUGUAUUCCACUGUCAUAACUUUUCUUUAUAUUUUUGCUAUUUGCUGCUGUGCAAUAUCCAUGGACGUGUAAUUCACUUAUUCCAUCUUGACCCUCCCUUUUUGCACCCAAUAAAAGGAUUUUUCUCGCUCUUUUGAUUUCUUCUUUUAUUUGUGGAACGAAUCCUACCCCCUUAAAAAUCUUUGUUUAUGCCUUAUGUUCAGUCAUAUUUUAAUAUGCUUCCUUCAAGUCGAAGCUGCUGAUUUCUCAGCCAAAAUCAUCUUAGAAUCUUUAAAUAUCCACUACAUCAUUUGUUCAGAACUUAACAUCAACUCCAAUGUUGGAGGCUUGUGUUUCUUAUGUUUCACCAUGUUCAACUGCCAAGUUUAGUUAGUUCCACAUCAAGAAGGAACUGCCCUUUCUUUAAAACAAAUCAUUUGAAAACACCUUUAGUAAAAAGACCUCAUGACUGAAAUGUAGAUUUUAGUUCCAUGUUUUCAUUGUAGUAAAACAAAAUGAGGAAAAGAGAUGGUCCCAAUGCUUCAUAGAUGGAUUUCUACUAAUUGGCAAACUUGCAAGGGAAAACAUACUAUCUAUUAUUAGUGAAACAUUUUUUUUUUUAUCUUAAUGCCACUAGCAUAUCUCCUUAAUGUCACAGGACUUGUGCAUUCAGAUUUUUUAAAGUUAGAAUGGAUAAGGAAAACAACUUCUAUUCAAAUGUAAGGUGUCAGUUUGUUUGAGGUCUUGGUCUGAGACAUUUGGUGAACACAUUCAACACUGAUCACAUUAUUACUCUGAAUGCCUACUAAUAUCAUGAUUACGAGUUUUCCUGAAUAAUAGAGUAUUAGUUCUUAUAUCAUAAUUGUUCAAAACUGGAGAUGUACACACACAUGCCCUAUACCAAAAGGUCAGAAACUCUUCACCUUAAUGUAUGUGCUUAUACAAGUUGUUCAGCUUCUUGUAAAAGUGUCUUCCUUUGGCUCAUUACUGCCUUUUGUCAAAUAACCUUGAUGAUGCUGUAUAAUAAAUAUUUUCUAUUUAUUAAA